AGCGGCGCUGUUGUGUUUGUGAGUGUUGAUGGAGAUGAACGGGAUUUGUUUCUUCUCUCUCACUCCUCUGUUCUUCAUUUCCCAUUUAUUUAUUUAUUUGUUUGUUUGUUUGUUUGAUCUGCAUUUAGCCUGAGAAGCAGAAGAGCAGAGCUCGAGCCCCGGUGUGGGUGUGGAGCUCUUUGGCGAGUAUCACUUCCUUCACCAGGGGAUUCGCUGGCAGGGCAACCUGCUCUAGAGGAUGAAGUCUCAAGAGGGAGAACUAGUGAAGGAGAUCUCAAAGCUGCAGACGAUGGUGUUGGAGCUCAGGUCCGGUUUCUCUCGCGCUUUACUGGAGUUAAAUCAGAUUCAGCUCGGGGACACAGAGCUUCAGAACCAGCUGGAGGAGACGAGACACGGCUGUAACAAACGUACACUACACCUGGAAACACUUGUCCUCACACUAAAGGAGGAACUGGAGGAGAUUCGUGGUCAGCUCCGUCAGCUGUGUGAUGAGCAGGUGAAGUCCGAACAGACGAACAGUACCACAGGUGCACAGAGUGACAGUGCUCCCAGCUGUAGUGGUGUGAAGGACGUUAGCAGCAGCACUAAUGGAAUUAAAAAUGUUCAUGAGGUGACAGUAGCCCCGCCCCUUUGUACAGUAGGUGGAGCUCUUCUACUGCACUGCUACCUGCAGGGUUUGUGGGUGGGGCAUAACUCAGGUGAAGUUUCCUCUCACUUCAGCCUCAGAGGUGAAGGAGCAUCAAGCUGCACACAGACAGGCAGACAUCAGUGUGUGAGUAUCUCACUGUUAAAGUCUGAGUGGGAUUAUUUCUCCAAACUCAAACUGCUUCAGGAGAAAUACAGAACCACAACCUCCAGUCACACUGAGACACAUAAGGUGUUUGUCAGACAUGUGGAUGAGAUGAUGCAGCGCCACCUGCUGUUCAGAAACAGUCUGCAGGAGAAGCUGAGUGCUGAUGAGCCGAAGCAUGCACUGGGAGACGCGUUCCUCAAACUCACCACACAGGACAACUCAGCAUUCUGUGAUGCGUAUCUCGGAUACACAGCCGCGCUGGCAACGAUCCUGACUACAGAGUUCAGCAGGGAUCCAACUGACAAACCACACAACACACAGGAGGAAGGAGAGAAAUUCAGACUGCUCUCACUGCUGUUAGUGCCAGUGACACGCCUACACAUCUACCUGAACACUGUACAGGUGUUGCUGAGCUGCUCGAGCAGUGAACACUCAGACUGGCGCUUGCUACACAGCAGCAAUCAGGUGCUACGCAACCUUUACACACGAUGUCACAUGACCCUGGAGAGGGCGGGGAGAUGGAGCGAUGGGGCGGGGCAACCAAACGAGGGGGUGGAGUCAGUGAAUGGCCUCAGUAGCAGGUGUUGUGCUGAGAGCCCCGAGUGUGUGCGCUCUGCCUUCACCAAAUACCGCGCCAACGGACAUCAAAGAGAACCGCAUCACCUCACAGCACCACGCCCCCUACUGACCCCUGCUGGAAUCCUGCGGAACUCUCGUGAGCGGUUGUGUGAGCCGCUGCCCGCUGCUGGCUGGACCGAGGGCUGCAGGUGGGAUUUGCGUGCUGUGGAGUGCCGUCCGGUUCCGGCACGUCGUCCCCAGAGCCUGUUUCUCAAUCCCGGCGCUCCAGGUGACCUUUCGGCCUCCGUCCCAACCCUGAAGUCUCCGUCAGGUUUGGCCGAGCGUCUGUGCGGUUCCCCCGGUCCGGACGGUCGAGUGUGUCGCUCUGACACUUACGCUCUGCCUCAGCGCAUCGACGACGCAGACACGGACGCGGACGUGGGAGACGCUUCGGUGUUCGAUUACUCGUCCGUGACGACAUGCAGCCCGGACGACACGCUGGAACUACGGGGGCGGGACGAGGACGAGGAGGACGAGGAAGAGGAAGACAGCGAGAUUCCUGUGCUGUUAAAGCCGUCGUACGCACACACUCAUGCUCACACACACUCCGGCGGGGGUUUGCAGAGGCAGGGGAGUGUGUGUACACGCUGGCAGAUCCCCCGUGGUGCACCUCUGCCUCCUGAAGUGUGUGUGACGGGAACAGGGACGGGGCGACGCACGGCUAAACACCGCCGCAAAAUCCCCACCGGAGCCUUCCGGCCGAUUUGGGACGCACCCUUUAAACAGGGAGAUGGACCUCCUGCUAAAGAGAACACAGUGUCCUUCAGCUCAACCAAUCAGAUCAUAAAUCCACAGAGACCCACAGAGUCAUCACGCUCUGUGUACAGGAGUGUGUGUGGUGGUGAAGAGACACUAUGGAACGAGAGUGAUGACAGUGAAGGUCCCUGCAGCAACGUCUAACACACACACACACACACACACACCUCAGGACUGCCACCUAAAUCAGAACCCAGGACCUGGAUUUGCGUAAUCAGGACCUUUAUAGACGCCUGGACUUCACUGUGGACUCCAGGAGCACUAAUUACCCAGAAUGCACUGCUGCAGUCUCACACACUCACCUUUUCAACGUGGCAGACCAAAGAGUGAUGGAGUGAGCACUUGUUGGCUGAUGUGACCUAACCCUGUGUGUGUGUGUGUGGCCACAUUCUAAUACACAUUAAUGAUGAGUUAAUGAUCGGACUCUGUCCAAUCACGUCACACAGCAUCCGUACAACAGAUUUGAUCUUUCUUCCUUUAUCCUUUUCUCUUUUUUUCUCUCUGUUCUCUCUUCUUUCCUUUUUAUUCUUUUCUUCUCACUCUGAUCUUUUUUCCUUUAUGUCUUUAAUCCCGUCCAUUUUUUUUCUGUCAUAGUUUCUUUCUUUUCAAAUUCAAAUUUUAUUUGUCUUAUCCUUCCGUACAUUUUCUUUUUCUUUUGUCUUUAUGCCAUGCUUCAUUUUUCUAACCCUAACCCUGCACUGUUUUCUAUCUUUCCUUGCUUUUUUAUGAUGUUCUUUACCCUG